UCUUUUUGAAGAUCAAGACGAGCCGUAGCUGAGAGAGACUCAGACCAAGACCAAGCCAGGAAAGGUGACAGUAGGGACCUGUGGCAGCCAGCACGAUGUGGGCUGAUACUUUGUUUAUUGUUUUCAUAUCCAUCUGCACGGCGCUUUUUGGUGAAGGACUCACCUGGCUUCUUGUGUACCGCACAGAAAAGUACCAGAAGCUUAAGGCGGAGGUGGAGCGACAAUGCAAGCGAUUGGAGAAGAAGAAGGAAGCACAUGGGGACAGUAUAGAUCGGCAGCAGAAACGAAAAAUAGAGCGAGAGGAGGAGCGACUCAAGAAUAGUAACAGAGAUUUGUCACUUGUCAAAAUGAAAAGCAUGUUUGCCAUUGGUUUUGCCUUCACUGCACUGCUUUCCAUGUUCAACUCCAUCUUUGAUGGCCGAGUUGUGGCUAAGCUGCCCUUCAUCCCCAUCUCAUGGCUGCAGGGCCUCAGCCACCGUAACUUGAUGGGCGACGACUACACAGACUGCUCCUUUAUCUUCCUCUACAUCUUGUGCACCAUGAGCAUCAGACAGAAUAUUCAGAAGCUGUUAGGUUUUGCACCAUCCAGGGCAGCCAACAAGCACAGCACCAACCUGUUUGGACCUCAGCCCCAGCAGCUCAGUGGUUACAAAUAAAGCAUUUCUCACCCAAUGUGUGAAAAUGGAGAAUGUUGCAACUGAGAAUUAAGGUGACUUAAUGGUUUUCAUGAGGUUGUCAUCCUGCUAGUUGUUAUCCAUACUUGUUAUUUUAAUUUUGUUGACUAUUUAUUAUCAAUGUGUAGUUGACACGUGGUUUUAGUGUAUAGACUGAACUGUGGAAUGUGUUCAUGAUAUUGAAGAAGUGUCAUAUUGUGUGAGAAAAUAAUAACUAAGAACUGUAAACUUUCUCAAUUUUUAUAUUGUCAUUUUGUAUGUUUGAAGGUGUCAGUAAGUGUGAGUGUCAAGCUAUCUUAUUUAGCAAUGAAAUACUUAUUUUGAUGAGUUUAAAUUAAUUUGCAGUUUUAACAGUUAUUUUCUGAUAAUAAUAGCGAGAUAAAAUGAGGCCUUUACUUGCAUUGUGGAUUUGGUAGCAAGGUGGUAGAAAAUUCAUUAUACCCACCAUCACCUUCCCACAUUAAUCUGCAGUCUGAGGAAGCAGAGAGGACCCCAGAAAACAGAAAGGAACCCAGAAAACAUCCUGCAGUGGGUUUAGAAUGGCAUUUGACUUGCUUACUCAUGCUUGUCCUUAUGCUGUGAGAUGGAUCUUGGUUAUGAAGCUAGCUGUGUCCUGGAUCUGCUGGAUGUUGGGCCAGCUAUUCACUUGCUGCCUUUUUUACCAUCUGGCCCACAUCAUCCAGUCAUAGCACACCUACAGUAUUGUGCACUGACUUAUGUGGGCUGUUAUGUGGCAGGUUCUUUUUAACCUUUGUGGAUCAGUGUGGAUAAUGCAAGGUGGAAUGGUGAUGACUUGUUGAGGUGCUUUAGAGAUUCUGUGUCAACUGUGUGCCAUUAACUACACAUUCUCCUAAUCAAGGAUAACAUGGGUGUUUUAUAAAACUGCAUAUGUAAAUAGGACAUCAAAUUAUUUAUGAAUCUAAAUUAUUAAAAGUGUUUGGUCUUGCUAUUUGCUAUUAAUGCUCUAUCACCAGUGAGGACCCUAUAUAAGUUAAAUUUGGGAAUAAGCAACACCAUUCAGUGUGAAAUGUUAAAAAAUGUAGACAUUGAAAUUAAAAAAAUUAAGAUAACAGCUUUAUUUAAAAUAAAAAAAUUAUAAUACUGGAAUUAAAGUUACUCAUCUGGUAAAAUGAUAUAUCAGCUGCCUUCUUUGUCAUGGGCUUCACCAGAUACCAAAAUUGUGAGAGAGAGAGAGAGAGAGAGAGAGAGAGAGAGAGAGAGAGAGAGAGAGAGAGAGAGAGAGAGAGAGAGAGAGAGAGAGAGAGUCUGUCCUGUCAUUUUUGUCAAGUGCAUCACAUUGUUGCAUAAGGUGCUCACAGGUGACUAGUACUUAUCAAAUCAGUUACCUGGUCAGGUGGCCAAUUAUGUAGAUAAUUUGUGCUGAGCUUGAAAGACAUUGGGCUUUGUGUCUUCUUUUCCUUUCUUUCUAUUUUUUUUUUUACAUUAAAAAAUGUUCCUAUGACUAAUUGCCUGAUAUUCACUUAUGCUGGCUUAUAGGAUAAGAACAUUGGUAGGGUGUAUGGAUGUGUUUGUGUGUUAUUUGGACUUGUUUGGAGGGCAAUGAAUCGGGAUAGCAAUGUUAUUGAGAGCUAUUGUAAGUUGUGAGGGAUUGAUAUCAUAAAAAAAGUUAGUGAGUAUUGGGUUGGGUAAAGUUUGGAAUAACACCAGUAAUAGUAAGACUUUCUUUCAUUUAUCUUGAAAGUCUUUUGUGAUAUAUGUGGUAUGUUUCCUUUCCAGUUUUUGUUUAUUACAAUGGAGGGUUUAAUAUAUAUGAUUAUAGGGCAUUGUUUCCAUAAAAGGAGACAGUUUCUGCAAAAAUAGCUCUGGGGAAUAAAUACUAUAACCUGGUAAACAUUGCAGUAGUUUUCCUAAUGAACUUAAAUUACAUGAAACACAUUUUAAUUCCUGCUGUCAUGAAGCAGCAUGGCAUGAUGCUAAGUAGAAAGGUUUCAUGGAUGCUCGAAGAAAUCUAUCUUUUUUUUUUUUUAAUGAAGUGUAAAUGGAUGUGUUGCAAUUUUAUUUGUACUUUUAAAAAAGUAGUGAUACCCCUAAUGUGAACCCUGACUAUUGAUAUAGAACCACAUUAUGAACUUGGUAGCUAGUCACUUUCAGGACUGAAGUAGUAGUGAUUUUCAUGCAAUACUAGUUUCAUUGAUAUUUUCUUCAGUGAAAUACUAGUGUAAUAUAUUUCUAAAAGGCAUCAUGACAUAAUUUUUAUACAUCACCAAUACUAGUGGCAAAUUUAUCAGGCAUAACUAUCAGGUAACAAAAGACUGAUCUCAGCAACAUAGGCUGUAUUAGGAUGAAUCAGCCCUCAUUGAAACUAGUGUACUAAUCACAUCAUAUAAUUUAUAGACAUUUCUUUUCUAAGCAUAUUGUAUUUUCACUUGAGAAUAUUAAAAUUAUGUAUGUCAAGGAUUGGUGUGGAAUGCCAUAGAUAAAAUAAAUGUGUAUAGCUGUUAUAUUCAUACAUAUUAAACUGUCAUGAUGACAUUCUGAGGUGUCAUCAUGCUGAGGCCUUCCAGUAUUUUCAGAUGAAUAAAGAUGCCAAAAGUUAAA